AUGUCUAUGCAAUCGCCCCGAGUCCUUCCCCAGCACCUCGCCAACUUCCAGCAGAACGCUGCGAAGACACCGCACACCGUCCGCAUCCUCGGUACCGUCAGCGAACUCCAGGGCGAGACCGCAAAGAUCGCGUGUGGUACCCAUGGCGAAGUGACAAUUAUCUUGACACCGGACGAUCACUUGCAGAUGGGAAAGCUCGUUGAGGUCGUAGGGAAGGUUGUGAAUGUUGAAGGCGGGUUGGGACUCCGUGUUCUUGGAACGAGUGACUGGGGAAACCCUGCGGAUUGUGAUUACAAAAUUUGGGAGAGCCUUGUUGAUGCCACACACCGCAUCAAGACUAUUUUCUACGAUGCUCCUGCUAAUUAA